CGAAGAAGUUCUGCUCUCUGAGCUGCUAGCUACAACAAUUACAGUAAGCGACCGAAGAUUGAUCAUGUUUCUUAGAAAUUAUUAGGACAACGAACUAAUAAUCCGAUCUGUCUUGUUGGUUGAUUCUAGAACUACAACCUUUCCUACUAUUCGUACAGCUAGCCAAGAGAUUAUGGACAUCAAGAAUCAUUUUAUCAUUGAACCAAUGGUAGAAUAUUUGGGAGACAUACUACAGACGAGAACAAGAAGGACAAGAACCGUAUCGAGCAAUGGUAGAAACUUCUAUAAUAGACCAGAACUGUUGUUGAGCAGACUUAGCUCUUAG